AUGUGGAAAGUAUUUCAAAUUUGCUUCUUACUUAUAACUGCGGCUUACUCUGCGUCAGUUGCCAGUUCCAGUUCUAAUGAUUUCGUUCAUCAUAAUUACGACGCCAUGAUUGCCUUUAUGGAGAAAGUUCGUAGUGAUUACCCUCAUAUUACCAGGAUGUAUAGUAUUGGAAAAUCAGUUCAAGGCAGAUCGUUAAUGGUUCUCGAAAUUUCUGAUAAUCCAGGAAUUCAUGAAGUUGGCGAACCAGAGGUAAAAUACGUAGGUAAUAUGCAUGGUAAUGAGGUUAUUGGUCGGGAAUUGAUCUUGCAUCUUAGCCGUUACCUAUGUAAAAAUUAUGAAAAAGAUGCUGAAAUCCGUCGAUUCAUCGAUAAUACUAGAAUUCAUUUAUUACCUUCAAUGAAUCCUGAUGGUUAUGAACGAGCUAUUGAAGGCGAUGCCCAAGGAGUACGAGGACGUCGUAAUGCUAAUAAUAUCGACUUAAAUCGUAACUUUCCUGAUUUUGUCUAUCGUUACGGUAGAACUGCAGAAGAAAGCUCUAAAAAUGCAGAACCAGAAACACGAGCGUUGAUGAAUUGGAUUGUCCGUUCCCCAUUUGUUAUUUCUGCAAAUCUUCACGGUGGAAGUUUAGUUGCCAAUUACCCAUAUGAUACUAAUCCUGGAUCAGUUAGACGUUAUUCUGCAACAAACGACGAUGAUGUAUUCCGUUUUAUAUCUAAAUCUUAUUCUCUUACACAUCGCAGAAUGGCUAAAAGUGGACCAGCAUGUCCACAUCAACGUGAUGGGGAAAGUUUCAAAGAUGGCAUUACAAAUGGCGCUAAUUGGUAUCCGGUCAAUGGCGGCAUGCAAGAUUUCAAUUAUAAACGUUCAAACUGUUUUGAAAUCACAUUAGAAUUAAGCUGUGUCAAAUAUCCUCUAGCUAAAGAGAUAAGAAGCUUUUGGGAAGACAACAAAUAUGCGAUGCUUAAUUUUUUGAAGCAAGCUCAUCGCGGUGUUAAAGGUGUUGUGAGAGAUGAAAAGGGAUCAGGUAUACCUAAUGCUAGAAUUAUGAUCGAAGAUCGUAAAACCGUUACAACCGCCAAAGAUGGCGAUUUCUGGCGAAUCCUAUUACCUGGAACAUAUACUAUUCGAGUUGAAGCCGAAGGAUACGAACCUGUUGAGAAAACAGUUACUGUGACUAAUGAAAAGCCAAGUGAAAUAUCUGUUACCCUCCGACGCUAA